ACCUCAAAAUCAACUUCUCAAACAUUUCUCAGAAAAAAAACUAGAACUAAGGUUGAAGAGUCGCCAAGCUUACAAAACAUGUGUUGGAACCCAAUAAUCAACAUGAAGUUCACAGGAGUAGUAUGCAUCGCAUUUGUGAUAGUCCUUCUGUCGGCUUUAGCUCCGACCAAAGCAGUCUUUGAAGAGAAAGUGGCAUGCAUCCCGACAGAACUUAUGACAUGCAUACCAGCAUUACAAACCGGAAGUCAACCGUCCGCUGAAUGCUGCGGAAAACUGAAAGAACAAGAGUCGUGUUUGUGUGGUUACAUACAAAAUCCAUUGUUUUCUCAGUAUGUUACAUCUGAAAAUGCUCACAAAGUUUUAGCGACUUGUGGUAUCCCUUAUCCUACUUGUUAAAAUUUCAAAUUUCAAAAUCCUAUGUAACAAUCCGUCAUGGUUUAUCCAUUGAUAUUAAAUAAUCA